CCGUCCCGGCGGCCAUUGCUCCAAGAUGGCGGCGGCGGCGGCGGCGGGAGUGCAGCUCAGCUGGGCUGGAACUGCCCUCCUGGAACUCCCCCAGCCUGCAACCUAGGAGAUGCAGGAACUAAGGCUCAGGCCAAAUCACAGCUCAGACCCCGUGAACCCAAGGCCUGAAGAGAAUUUUGAUUCAUUUACAUUGUUUUGUGGGGACUGGAGAGACAAGAUGUCCUCGAGGCCCAGCUAGCCCCAGACUUCGACCCGAUGCGGCUCACCCGCUGCCAGGCUGCCCUGGCGGCCGCCAUCACCCUCAACCUUCUGGUCCUCUUCUAUGUCUCCUGGCUGCAGCACCAGCCUAGGAAUUCCCGGGCCCGGGGGCCCCGCCGUGCCUCUGCUGCCGGCCCCCGCGUCACCGUCCUGGUGCGGGAGUUCGAGGCAUUUGACAACGCGGUGCCCGAGCUGGUGGACUCCUUCCUGCAGCAAGACCCGGCCCAGCCCUUGGUGGUGGCAGCCGACACGCUCCCCUACCCGCCCCUGGCCCUGCCUCGCAUCCCCAACGUUCGUCUGGCGCUGCUCCAGCCUGCCCUGGACCGGCCAGCCGCAGCCUCGCGCCCGGAGACCUAUGUGACCACCGAGUUCGUGGCCCUGGUACCUGACGGGGCACGGGCUGAGGCACCGGGCCAGCUGGAGCGCAUGGUAGAGGCGCUCCGCGUGGGAAAGGCACGCCUGGUGGCUGCCCCCGUCGCCACGGCCAACCCUGCCAGGUGCCUGGCCCUGAACGUCAGCCUGCGAGAGUGGACCGCCCGCUAUGGCGCAGCCCCCGCCGCGCCCCGCUGCGACGCCCUGGACGGAGAUGCUGUGGUGCUCCUGCGCGCCCGUGACCUCUUCAACCUCUCCGCACCUCUGGCCCGGCCGGUGGGCACCAGCCUCUUCCUGCAGACCUCCCUUCGCGGCUGGGCUGUGCAGCUGCUGGACUUGACCUUCGCCGCGGCGCGCCAGCCCCCGCUGACCACGGCCCACGCGCGCUGGAAGGCUGAGCGCGAGGGGCGCGCUCGGCGGGCAGCGCUGCUCCGUGCACUGGGCAUCCGCCUAGUGAGCUGGGAGGGCGGGCGGCUGGAGUGGUUCGGCUGCAACAAGGAGACCACGCGCUGCUUCGGAACCGUGGUGGGCGAUACACCCGCCUACCUCUAUGAGGAGCGCUGGACGCCCCCUUGCUGCUUGCGCGCACUGCGCGAGACAGCCCGCUACGUGGUGGGCGUGCUGGAGGCAGCGGGUGUGCGCUACUGGCUGGAGGGCGGCUCACUGCUGGGGGCCGCCCGCCACGGGGACAUCAUCCCAUGGGACUACGACGUGGACCUGGGCAUCUACUUGGAGGACGUGGGCAACUGCGAGCAGCUGCGGGGGGCAGAGGCCGGCUCGGUGGUGGAUGAGCGCGGCUUCGUAUGGGAGAAGGCGGUCGAGGGCGACUUUUUUCGCGUGCAGUAUAGCGAAAGCAACCACCUCCACGUGGACCUGUGGCCCUUCUACCCCCGCAACGGCGUCAUGACUAAGGACACGUGGCUGGACCACCGGCAGGAUGUGGAGUUCCCCGAGCACUUCCUGCAGCCGCUGGUGCCCCUGCCCUUUGCCGGCUUUGUGGCGCAGGCGCCUAACAACUAUCGCCGCUUCCUGGAGCUCAAGUUCGGGCCCGGGGUCAUCGAGAACCCCCAGUACCCCAACCCGGCACUGCUGAGUCUGACGGGAAGCGGCUGAAGCCCUGAUACCCUCGCCUUUGUUUUUCGGGGGUCUGUCUGGAUGUGGAGAAGCUCUAUGUGAGCAGUGAGGGGUGGAGGGGUGUCGCGGAGACAGGGAAGGGGGAAACUGACCAAGAAAGAAAUUCGAGGGAGAGCAUGAAAGAAGGCUGACGUUGGCAGGAGGAGAGCACCAGGAGGAGGAUGGGAAGCGACCUCCAGAUUUCUCAAAUGGUCAUGCCCACUGGGAGCCGUGGAUAUGCGUGGGGACAUUCUGGGUCAUCCCAGUCACGGAGGGAGCCAGGGAUGUCACGCCGUCCCGCAGGGUCCAGCAGGGCCCCAGACCCGAAAAAAGUGUCCUGCCCAAGAUUCCAAGAGCCCUGCCCUCUAGGGCAGGGACUGAGAUUUGGAAACAGAAAGAGUGCAGGCUCUGGAGCCAGAUUGGCAAGAUUCAAAUCCUGGCUCUAUCGCUUAUGAGCCAGGUGGGCCUGGGGAAGCAUCGCCCUUUCUCAGUGCCUCAAUAGCUUCCAGGAUGCGGGACCCUUGGCUGCAGGGAUUGCUUCCGCCACUAGAGGGCGCGCCGGUCCCGCUCCUGGUGGCCCACUGUGGCUGCCCGGGCGACAGUAUGCCCAGGGUCUCUGUUCCAUAGCCAUCUACUCUCUUCAGCCUUUGGACUUCUCUCCAAGCCCCUGUGGAAGGCGGACAGCAGUGACCACCUCCCCUUCUUUCGGACUGCGACCUCCUUCCCUCCUGAGAGAGCCCUGUGACCUGCAUGCUACUCUUAACUAUUCUAUUCAAGACUGAGUAGAAGUAUUUCAGUCUUGCAGAGGAGAAAAUACUCAGAGCUCCGAGGUGCAGCUGUCGUCGAGAACCGGGUGCUGGACCGGGCGCGGGGGCUCACGCCUGUAUUCCCAGCACUUUGGGCGGCCGAGGUGGGAGGAUCGCUUGAGCCCAGGAGUUCUAGACCAGCCUGGUCAACAUGCCAAGACCCCGUCUCUAUUUUUAAAAAAGAAAAAGAACAGACUUCUGAAUCUCAGCUCCACUCAUGAUUAUUACCUCAUUAUUUCAGCUGUCUGCACCUAUUUCUCCACUUGCACGGCAGGGUAGACAAUAACCGUAGCUCACACUUACUGAGCACCUGCUGGGUACCAGGCACCAUUCUCAGUGUUUCCGUUGGAUCAACUGAUGCGUCCCUCACCUCAGCCCUCUGAAGUGACAGCUGCUAUUAUUUUCAUUAUACAGAUGAGGAAGCUGAGGCCAGAAUGGUGAAGUCACUUGCUUAAGGUCAGACAGCUUAGGAAGGGGCAAAUUGGGGGCUUGAACCCAGGUGGUCAGGCUCUGGAGCCCACAAUUGUCUUACCCAGUAUGCCCCUCUCUAGUCAUGGUCCCCACGAGAGGCUUGGAGACUCACUUAGCAGGUGAAAGCAAUGGCAGCCUUCCUUAUUUGAUUAUGCACCUAAGAAUAAAUGGUAUUUGGGCAUGUAUUCCCAAUAUGUGUAUAUUUAUUCAUAAAGACAUACAGAUACUUAUCUGUAUGUUAGUAAUAAAGCUUAAAUUAUUCCGUUUUAAAAUUA